CCCAAUAUGAUAUUGAAGGUGCUUAGUACUUAGUACAGAACUACGGUUGUGAGGAGUGAGGACAGGAGAUGAUGAUAAUAAAAUGGGGAAAGUACCCAGAUUUUUACCAGUGUUAACGUGUAUCAAAUGGUUUCUAGUACUAUUCAUCUAGGACUACUCAUUCGGAUGGAAAUAUACAGGACCCCCAAGAGCCAAACCUUUUUUUCUUACCCACAGACAUUAUAUUCAUCAGAAGUUAUACGUUUGUUUUGAUUGAUUACGCUGUUUCUUGGCUGCUGAGCUGCGUUUUUCGGGGUCCAAAAGUUCUCAAGUUUUUGUGCCCACACGAAGAACAAUACACGGAGAAGUCAAAAUCUGGAAGAGGAGAGAAGAAAGAAUUUAGAGGUACUUUACACAUGGAUAUUCCCUCAAGCCAUCAUCUCCGAGCACCUGAUGAUGAAGAAGAUCUACUUGAAGAACUAGAAGAUGGUGACAAUUCCAUAAGUGAAGAUGUCGCGUUUCAAGACCCCUCUCAACAAACAUUCUUUAGUUACUUCAACCAGCCACAAAAUUUUAAUGGGAACUCGUCAUUUGAUGUCCACCUAGCAAAAAUCCAUCCCCAAAGACUUAUGCAAGAUCAGGGUCUCAAUUUAGCAUCAGCGAAUUUGAAAGCGAAGAGAAGGAAAGCCGCAGAGAUAAUUGAGCUCCAUGGAGGCCGCAUUCUUCGAUCCGCCGGCAGAAAAGAUAGGCACAGCAAAGUCUGCACCGCCAGGGGAACGAGGGACAGGCGCGUUAGGCUGUCACCAAGAACUGCGAUUCAGUUCUACGAUGUACAGGAUCGGCUUGGCUAUGACCGCCCCAGUAAAGCCAUUGAUUGGCUAAUGAAGGAGGCUAAAUCCGCUAUCGAGGCGCUGCAUCAUGAACCGCCGCCCCUGGCUGUUGAUGAGUACUUCAGAGCUGCAAAUGUUAGUGAAAAUCAUAGCUUCCCAAAGGGAAAACUUCAGCAAAAGCUACAGGAAAGUGGGAGGAUCUUGAAUUCUGAAUCUGGGAUGAUUCAGAAUCUUGAGGAUUUGAACAAUGACAAUCCCAUUUCUUGUUUUGGGUUAUUUACCAAUGCGGAUGCGUUGUUGUCUUCUACUGAGUUCCGGGCGUAUCCGCAUGAUUGUUUCAACUCAUCAAUAAGCAGAAGUGAAGCUCCAGAAGAUUCAAUACUUUAUUCUAGCUAUCAAGAAGGGCUUUUGUCUGCACCCUUGACUACUCCUCGGGACAUAUUCGAGACGAAUUUAGAAAUGGCUAACAUGCAGAGAAUUUUCACUCGGAAUUUCGCCACAGGAGGUGGAGAGCAUUACUCUUCUGUCAACUCUCCGCCUGUCCAUUUUCCAGCGUCGCAGGAUUUAGGCCAUAGCCUAAUUUUUUCUCAAAGGGAACCCCUUCAGUCCAGUAAUAUUAACUCUUCUCCGAUAAGCACUCAAUUUCCAGAUCGAUUCAUCCCAAUGUAGCCAAAUACAGAGCUUUCAUGCAUCUGGGCAAUUUCAGGAAGAAGUUGAAGCUGAAGCGACAGCUGAGAACCAGACUUCUUGGACAUUCUACGUAAUAUAUGUAAAACUUUGGAGCACAUUGUCUGAUUUUCGUGUGAUGUCUUUGUAGAAUAACAUUAAGCAAUUGCACAGGGGUUGCAAUUUUAUCUAUUUUAGUAGUUUUCUGGAGAGUGUUAUUCGUUCCCAUCUUCAGUGGGGUAAAACAAGAGAACCUAUAACCACGAAAAUUGCAGUAUUGCUGGUUUUGAGCUACCUUGCUUUUUCCAAAGGUACAACUCCGGCCACUGUAUUGUUAUCUUCAAUGAA